AUGAAGUUUCUGGUUUUCUUUUUAGGGCUCCUUGUGAGGCCUCAGGCUGUUUCUCUUGCGCGUCGCUUUGACAGUGAAAAAGUGUUUCGUGUGACACCUCAGAAUGAAACUCAAGUGAACUUUCUGAAGGAACUAGCUUCUGCUGUACAGCUUGACUUCUGGCAUCCUGAUUCAGUUCAUCACAUUGUCGCUGGGACAGACGUUGAUUUCCAAGUCAGUUCAUAUCUGGCAAACCAUGUUCAGAUGAAGCUGGAGCAGAAUGAGCUACAGUAUGAAAUUUUAUUCCACAAUCUACAAGAAGAGAUUGAAAAGCAAUUUAAAGGAAAGAGCUAUUUCCUCAAGAAGCACAGCUACUUAAAAUACAAUGACUGGGAUAAGAUUGUUGCAUGGACUGAAAGAAUUGCUAGAAAUAAUCCCAAAAUGGUCUCCCGAAUUGAGAUUGGAAAGACCUAUGAAGGGCGUCCCAUGUAUCUUCUAAAGGUUGGGAAGGAGACUGGCAGAAAGAGAGUCAUCUUCAUAGAAUGUGGCACUCAUGCACGAGAGUGGAUCUCACCAGCUUUCUGCCAAUGGUUUGUGAAACAGGCCACCAGCACAUAUGGAAAGGACAAGGAAAUGACCAAGCUAUUGGACAGCAUGAAUUUCUAUGUUCUUCCUGUGUUCAACAUUGAUGGCUAUGUCUGGACAUGGACUGAAAAUCGCAUGUGGAGAAAGAAUCGUUCCAAUAACUCCAACAGUGACUGCAUUGGCACAGACUUGAACAGGAAUUUCAAAGUCGCUUGGGGCACAGAAAGUUCUUCUGAUGAUCCUUGUGACGAGAUCUACUGUGGAUCCUCUGCAGAGUCUGAACAAGAAACUAAAGAAAUUGCAAAUUUCAUUCGGGACCACCUUGCUGUCAUCAGAGGCUACAUAAGCUUCCAUUCCUACUCCCAGAUGUUGAUGUUUCCAUAUGGCUAUACAUACAAGAUGGCACCCAAUCAUGUCGAACUGGUUAAUUUAAUAAUGGGAAGCAGUCCUGGAUUCAGCAAAAUGUAUAAACUGAACCCUGCCUCCGGGGCUUCCCUUGACUGGGCUUACGAUGAGGGCAUUAAGCAUGCCUAUGUCUUUGAGCUUAGGGACCAUGGUCGAUAUGGCUUUAUGCUCCCUGAAUCAAAAAUAAGGCCAACCUGCAAGGAGACGAUGCUGGCAGUGAAAUAUAUCGCCAGUCAUAUCCUCGCUUCUGCUCCAUGACGAUGUAUUCACACACAUCUCCUGAAGGAAUUCUCUUUUCCUUUCCUGCCUUCUUUUCUUCUAUGGUUAAUUUUUGUCCACUGCUUUCUGACUAUUUUGUUGAGGCUUGAUUAUCUUCUGCAGAAACCAGAUGUCUUCAGUGCACUGUAUGCCACUCAAACCCACUCAGGCAUCUUGGUUCUCCUUGAAGCUGCACAUUGAUAAACAUACGUAGAGGGGGUUGAUUAUUAGGGAAGCAUAAAUCAGCAAUUUGUUGAGUUGCUCUGGAAUGCAGGUUGGUUGAUUUGAGUCUUUGGGUAUAAUGAGAACUUGUGUGGACUGUAUCCCAUCCAGUCCGCAAUAUCAUCUGCUUACCUAGAAAGAGGCAUAGUUGAGUAUAUGGCCAUGUAUAAUGCAUACAGUCCAUGAUCAUGCAAAAAUGGCUCUUGGAGUGAGUCACAAGGAAUAUCCCAACACCCACUAAUGACCAUUGCCAGAGGAGGACAAGGCAGAAGCACUCUGAUGGGUGUCAGGAGGCAGCAGCAUUAACAUUUUAAAGGAGAAAAGAGAUAUCCUUUAAAAUAUUUUUUGUUUCCUUUAAAAUGCUAAUAAUAAAACCAGGAAUCCAGUUUGUAUUGGGUUAAAUGUAAAAAAAAUCAUUUGACUUGGAAGCUCAGAAGCUUUACGCAGUA